CCUGGCUCAGAAGACCUAAGAGUGAGUUCAGAGGGGAGGACAAGGUGUUGGGACGGCAGCAGCAGCAGCUGGAAGAGGGAACAUGGAUGUGAACAGCAGCUGGAGACGGGAAGGGAAAGUGUAGACCUGAACCACCGAACGUGACCUUCACCUGUCUCAGCCCUGGUUAAUUUUUACCUCUUAAUGAUCUUUGUGGUCCCCUUGCCCUGCUACAUAAAAGCCCAGGACUGGUAUUGUCGACCUCUCCUCUGAGGAUUUCCCCUGGAUCCCUGCUUUCCCAUUUCCAAUCCCCCUUCACCUCCACCCCCUACCCCCUCACACUGCCACCAUGGCCAAAGGCUUCUUCAUCUCCAAGACGCUGGGCGUCGUGGGUAUCCUUUUUGCUGUAACAGCUAUAUGCACCAUCAUCGCCUUGUCAGUGGUAUACUCACAGGAAAAGAGUAAGAAUUCAGCAAUAGCAAACCCCACCAGCCAAAAUCCUACUGCUUCAACAACCAGUACCACGACUACAACCGUGACCCCGACCCCGGAUCAAAACCUGCCCUGGAACAGAUACCGGCUGCCAAAGUCUCUGAUCCCUGAGCAUUACACUGUGAAGCUAAGGCCCUAUCUGACUAGGAAUGCUGAGAACCUCUAUAUCUUUUUGGGUGAGAGCACUGUCCGCUUCAUUUGUAAAGAGGAAACUGACGUUAUUAUCAUCCACAGUAACAAACUCAACUAUACAAUGAAGGAAGGACAUCAUGUGAGUCUGAGGGGGGUAGAUGGCUCCACGCCCCCCGAGAUUGAUAGCACUGAACUAGUGAUACCAACCCAGUAUCUGGUUGUGCAUCUGAAAAGUAAACUGGAACUUAACAAACGCUAUGAGAUGGAAAGUACCUUCACUGGAGAGUUGGCCGAUGACCUGGCUGGCUUUUACCGCAGCGAGUAUGUGGAAGAUGGAGUAAACAAGGUGGUGGCUACGACACAGAUGCAAGCAGCUGAUGCCCGAAAGUCCUUCCCGUGCUUCGAUGAGCCAGCCAUGAAGGCCACCUUUGACAUCACACUGAUCCACCCCUCGGACCAUAAAGCCAUCUCCAACAUGCCUGCCAUAUCUUCUGUUAAAGAAGAUGACAACUGGAACAUCACUACUUUUCAAACCACUCCGAGGAUGUCCACUUAUCUCUUGGCUUACAUUGUCUCCCAGUUUAACCCAGUGGAGAAAACUGAAGGGAAUAUACAGAUCCGAAUCUGGGCCCGUCCCAAAGCAAUCGCAGCAGGACAUGGAGCAUAUGCCUUGAAUGUCACAGGUCCUAUCUUGGCAUUUUUCGCAAAACACUACAACACCUCCUACCCGUUGCCCAAGUCUGAUCAGAUAGGCCUGCCAGACUUCAAUGCAGGAGCCAUGGAGAACUGGGGCCUGGUGACCUACCGGGAGAACUCGCUGCUGUUUGAUGACUCAUCCUCUUCCAUUAGCAACAAGGAGCGGGUGCUUACAGUGAUUGCCCAUGAGCUUGCCCACCAGUGGUUUGGCAACCUGGUCACUGUGGAAUGGUGGAAUGACCUGUGGCUGAAUGAAGGCUUUGCUUCCUACGUGGAGUACCUGGGGGCCGACUUUGCUGAGCCUUCCUGGAACUUGAAAGACCUCAUAGUGCCGAGUGAAUUGUACCGAGUGAUGGCUAUUGAUGCCCUGGCCUCUUCCCAUCCACUGUCCUCUCCUGCGAAUGAAAUCAACACUCCAGCCCAGAUCAGUGAGCUCUUUGAUUCUAUCACCUACAGCAAGGGAGCCUCAGUUCUUCGGAUGUUGUCUAGUUUCCUCACAGAAGACCUCUUCAAGACAGGCUUGUCAUCCUAUCUGCACGCCUUUUCUUACAACAAUACGGUCUACCUAGAUCUAUGGAAUCACCUCCAACAAGCUGUGGACAAGCAGACUUCAGUGACUUUGCCUGCCUCUGUACAAACCAUCAUGGAUCGGUGGAUCCUCCAGAUGGGCUUCCCUGUGCUGACCCUGAACACAGCCACUGGUGUUCUCUCCCAGAAGCACUUCCUGCUGGACCCCACCUCCAAUGUCACUCGACCCUCUCAAUUCAACUACCUGUGGAUAGCCCCUGUCUCUGCAGUUAAUAGUAGAGGAGAAAAUUAUUCUUAUUGGCUUAACGGCACCCAGUCAGCCACUUUUGACAACUUUAGAGUGACAGGUAAUAAUUGGAUCCUCUUGAACAUCAACGUGACUGGCUAUUUCUUGGUGAAUUAUGAUGAAAGAAAUUGGAAGGAACUUCAGAAUCAGUUACAAACUAAUUCUUCUGUCAUUCCAGUCAUCAACAGGGCUCAGAUCAUCCAUGAUGGCUUUGACCUAGCCAGGGCUCAAUACAUCCAAACAACACUGGCUCUGGAAAACACACUCUUUUUGAUAAAGGAAGUGGAAUACAUGCCUUGGCAGGCUGCCCUCAGCAGUCUUAACUACUUCAAGCUCAUGUUUGAUCGAACAGAAGUGAACGGCCCCAUGAAGGCUUAUCUGAAGAAACAGUCUACUCCAUUAUUUUACUAUUUCAAGAACAUCACCAGGAAUUGGACUGUACGUCCUCCCACACUGAUGGAACAAUACAAUGAGAUCAAUGCUAUUAGCACAGCCUGCUCAAAUGGUCUUACUGAAUGUGGGGAACUGGCCUCAGACCUCUACAGUCAGUGGAUGAGAAACCCCUCAAACAACUCGAUCCACCCCAAUUUGAGAUCUACCAUUUACUGCAAUGCCAUCGCCAGAGGUGGAGAAGAAGAAUGGGAUUUUGCCUGGAACCAGUUCCGAAAUGCCACCAUUGUAGCAGAGGCCGAUAAGCUUCGUUCGGCAAUGGCCUGCAGCACAGAAGUGUGGAUCUUACAGAGAUACCUGUCUUACGUUCUGGAUCCCACACUGAUCCGGAAGCAGGAUGCAACAUCUACCCUCACCAGCAUCUGCAGCAAUGUGAUUGGGCAAAGUUUGACCUGGGACUUUGUUCGAGGCAACUGGAGGAAGCUAUUUGUGGAUUAUGGUGGUGGCUCCUUCUCCUUCUCCAACUUAAUCCAGAGUGUGACCCAGAGGUUUUCCACAGAGUAUGAACUACAACAGCUUGAACAAUUCAAGGAGGACAACAUAGACAUCGGCUUUGGUUCAGGAACCCGGGCCCUGGAGCAGGCUCUGGAGAAGACCAGGACUAAUAUUAAAUGGGUGAACGAUAACAAGGAGGUUGUGCUACAGUGGUUUAAAAAGAACAGUCAAUAGGCAUCCGAUAGUUUGUGAAGGCAGUGGCAGCUUCCCCUGUGUGACCAAUGCUGAGGUGUAUGUCUCUCUCUCUGAGGCCUGAGCCCAGCCACCAAGGGGCGAGGGACAGACCACUCUAAAAAAAAUCUUCCUGGGCCCCCAUCCCUGCCUCCAUCCUCAGGCUUCUGAUACCAUUAUUGAUACUUGUGUUAGGUGCUCUCCUGCCUUUCCUCAUGCCAGGCCCACUUGGCAUUGACAGAAUCUGAAAGAAGCCCAGGUCCGGUAUGGCACCAUGGACAUCUUAGCAGGGAGGUAUCAUUCCAGGGCUAAUCUCAGGGAAGCCCAUGUCCCAUGGGCUGAAAAACUCAGAAAGGAAGUAGAGUGUUCUCCAACUGCCAUCCCUUCUCCCUCCCCCUCACCUUGAAAGUCCCAGCAUCUGAGAAAUCAAUGGGGAAAGUAUCUGUAUAUUUUUUUUCCAACGGAAAAUGUAAAUAAAUGAUUUCUAGAUGAA